AUCCUGGUACUUUGUGAGCCUUGUCAGCCUCAGCACGGCAGACAGGAGGAAAGUAGCUGCAGUGUCCUGGCACCAACAUUUCUGUCCACAGCUGCUCACUAAACUGUCCCGGGAACUUAAUGCUAACUAAAAGGACACCUGCUCACCGAUGUGAUGUAUGACAGACUUGGCAGCUGCUCAGCAACGCGGAAACACCCCGAGCGACAUCAUAAAAAGAGGACACCAUGUGAUUUAUCAAUGGCAGCAAAGGAGACUGGACUAAAGGGAUGAACUGAUUGCUGUUGGAUAAUAACUGAGGAGCAGACCAAGCUGGCCAUAGCAUGCCAACUGCAAAAGACAAAGGUGGUGCAGCGCCCCACCACUACCGGCCUGCCUCACGAUAUGAUGACGCCACACUUGCCCAAAAGAGAGAAUACUGGAGAACCAAGAAGCGAGAGCAGAGGGCUCGACGCUCCGACCGGAGAGGGAGGUCAACGCAAAGCAGUCGAGGGGAACAGCGGCGACAUCUAAAUACUCCUGCAGUGGUGAAUUCCAGUUUAUCUGGAUCCUUCGCUGCUCCCUCUCCUCCUGUGUGGAAUAAUGCAGAGUUAUAUACGUCAGCCAGUGCUACUCCUGCAUCUCAGAAUCUCUGUGAUUCCGCUGAAAUCCAAAAGAAAAAGUGGAUCCAGCACCCAGUGACACUCAACACAGUCUUGACUCAGAUGCCAGCAUCAUGUUCUGACACAGCCACAGCCACAGCGAAAUGCAGAGCAACGCGACGGGCUGUGAACAAAGCCAUUACCUCACCCACUCCCACUAAAACCCAGCUGAACACAAACUCUUCAGUGCCUCCAGUCAGAACGACCCGAAUUACCAAUGGUAGCUGUGCCCAAACAACACCUCAGCCACUUGUGUCUAUGCAGGGCACAUCAGUUCCCAACAUGCAACAUAAAAAAGAAGAUGCACUACACACCCAGCCCAUCUUUGUUAAAGCGGAAGACGCAAACGCAACACCUCAAAGUGGAACACAGAGUGCCUUGGUCACCUCACAGAGAGCAGAAGGCGUUUGCAACUCCAAAGAGACUGAGGAGGAGAAGGCAGCCAAGCGCAGAGAGCAGUGGCGGAUCAAAAAGCGAGAACAGAGAGCAAAGCUGGCAGCGCAGCUCGGUAAAGCCAGAGAGAGGAUGCUGGGAGCAGAGAUGCUAAGACAAACGGCACAAAAGACAGGACUCCCAGGUGCUGUGCCACUUCGAAAUCUUUCAUCUCAGUCGUUUUUGAAAGCGGCAGGUCAGAGACAGUGUCCCACUCGAGGCAAAGCUACAUUUACGCCUGGAAAAAGAGAAAAUUAUAAACUGCAAACAGGGGCAGGGAGGUUAGCGACUGUAAAUUUGCAGGUUAAUGUCCAGAAUCCAAAUGAGAACAGGACAAUUACAUCUGAUGGUACUUCUGUGAAAAAGCCAGGGGAAUUGCUGAGAAAGUAUCCAAGUUACACUCAUCUGUCUAAUAUCAGCCGAGGGAUGGUGCGAUGUAAAACACCUAGACAGAGGUUCAUUGAUGCCCAGCGUAAUUUCUUUAAUCUAAGAAACAUGAGAUGUAAAUCGCCAUUCUUUACCUCGGUUUUUGCGUCACGAAAUAUUCCCAGGAUUGACCCCAAUGACACACCUGAGCAGAUAAUAGCCAAGCGGCGCGAGUACUGGCGGAUUAAAAAACGAGAGCAGCGAGCUAAGCUGUCGAUGGAGAUGAAAUCUCGCUUGAAGGAGAAGGACUCUCUGAUGCGAAGAGUGAAACGCUACCAGAGUAUUCUGGAGGAGAUGAGGAGGGCCAGGGCGCUGGCACAGUCGGCAGGAAGCACACUCACAGAUGCCUCUGAGACCAUCGGAGGGUUCAUCGAAGAGGACGGGACAGUGACCAUUAAAAUUCCCCAGUCUCCGAUGGACCACAACACAGCAGCACAUACAAGUAAUAAAGAACUUCAUGUGAGUUCCAAUAAUAGUCCAUUUGCACAACGUCAAUAUCACCCUAAUACUAAAAGAAGGGGUAUUGUUCCCAUCAGAACUAAGCAGCCCCCUCAGGUGAAAGUCUCUCUUCCUGGACAGUCGAUCAAUAAGCCUCCAAAAUUAUUGUCAGUCAGACCAAGGACUUCACUCAGAAGCACAACGCCUCCUAAUUCACAAGCAUUACCAAACCAAGCUGUAGGUCAGCUCACACUCACUCGUCCCACAACCUCUCAAAAUGCAAUUUCUGGAGGAUUAGCUGCAGGGUCCAACCUCGAUGGCUGUGUCAUGAAAAUGGCCAUUUCCAGUGGCACGGCGGUGUCACCGUCGGCGCUCUCUCUGGAUCCAAGUCUAACCGAGGAGGAGAGGAUGGCAAAGAAGAGGGAGUACUGGAGGAUAAAGAAGCGCGAGCAGCGAGCGGCACGCGCGGUGCGGCUGAAGCAGGGAGUCUUACAGGCGAGGGUCAACGCGGCCUUACAGAGGAGGAGGGCGCAGAAGCAGUUCGCAGCAUCAACUGUGCAUCUGAACAGACGUCUUACGAACCCACCAGGAAGUGCACGACCUCUGUCCGUCAGCAGCGUGCCUGUUACACCAAAUGCAAAUGAGAUUAAACAAGAGACUGUACCAGAAGUUCACCUACAUUCUCAACCAGAACAAACCAUCUGUGCAGACAUCAAGUGCCCGACCUCCCCACCCCCACCUCCACCUCCACCACUCCAGCCAGACUCUGACCCAGCUUUGAGUGCAGAAAGCCAGGCUACCACUCUGCUAGCUGUGGCCUCCAUGAAGAAACUCCUGGAAGAAUCGCUCAGCACGGUGAGGGAAAGUGAAUGUGAGCCGACGGAUAUAAAAACCGAGACGGAGGAAGAGCCUUCAGAGCAAGAGAUGAAGCCAAUUUUACCUCAGCUGUUUUUUGAAAAGGAUGAAGUGGCUCCUCUGGCUGCUGACCUGACAUUGCAGAUAAAAAGCUGGCAGCCAGACAAUGACGCCUUGGUACAGGCAGAUUCACCAAGUCCUCAUUUCAAAGAGUCGCCACCAUUUAGUGAGACACCAUCACCUAUUCCUGCCUCCAGUGAGGAAAUCCUGCCUCCCACCUGUGAACACUCCUCCCAGACCCCUUCAAACUUCAUAGUAACCCCCUCCAUGGAAGCAUCUGGUGUUCCAGCUCCACUACGCAGAACCCAGAGGAUUUGCUCCAAAAAGGUGAGCUGCUCGCCAGAACCGCCAAAGCUACACCACAUAGCCGCGUCUCAGCUACACCCGCAGGCGCAACACGUCGAACGGCACGCUAAAGAGCGGUGUCAAAAGAGCAACAGGUCGUCAGCACAAAAGUGUAGCAGUCUCGGGGCGGAGCACGGCGGUUUGACCGGCUUGACCAGCCUACAGAGGAAGAGGGAGUACUGGAAGCUGAUGAAGCGGCAGCAGAGGGCGCGGUCAAAGGCCCGGCAGAAGGACAGGCAUGGGCAUGGAGAAUUCAGCAGACGGACCUUCCACACAGACAUCCAGGUUCCAGGUGCUUUUACCAGCAACUCUGUUAGAGGUUUAAAUCCUCCAUCAAAACGAGCUCAACACGUUUCUUCUCUGGGUGCAAAUACCCAUGUCGCUCCUGUCCCGGUCGCUACCUCUACAACAUGUCAGUCCCCUGACCCACUCACUAGUGUUUCCUGUUCACUCAGAAGUAAACAGAACAACAAAGAUUUUGGUCCUUCGCAGAUCAUGUCUGACUCUUUGGGAGCUCCUGAAACUAAGCAGCAAGCCUCGUUAUGUUCUCAAGAGUGGUUGUCUACGAGCACUGAUGAAGACACGGCCCCCUCGCUCCCCACUCUUAAGCCUCCAGACAACCCACUCUCCAGCAUCAACCUGCAGCCCAUUGAACCUCAAGGUCCCACCCUCAGUCCGUUAAAAAUCCCCUGUCCUCAACUUCCGAGCCCCUCACGUAUGAUACAAUCUCCCUGUACACUGGCAUCUGUAAGCGCUAUGGCUCCACCAAAACGCAUCCCGGGGGAGCCUGAGGAGGACUUUCUGAGGAGGAAGCGGGAGUACUGGAGGGUCAAAAAGAAGGAGCAGAGAGCCCGGAAGGCCGUUCAGGUCAAGGGAGCCUCACCACGGAGAGCUGCCAACAACUGGAGGCCCAUCAUCCAGUCACAGGAGCUAGUGUCAGAGGAAGUGAUGGUGAACCGUGAACCAGAUUAUGACAAGUCCCAGGACUGCAGUCAGUGGGUGAACUCCUCUGAGUCGGAACCUCUAAUGAGCUCUCCAGCGAACACGGGAUCAUUUCCAUUCCCAAAUUACACGUCUAUCGAAGAUGAGUCGGAGAUUCUGUUCCCCGACUACGAGCACAACGACGGCGAUGACGGCUCCGUCUCCGACGACGUGUGGAGGAACCGCUUCCUCAUGGACUACGACCCGCUCAACCAGCUGCUGGUGUGCAUGGUGUGUGGGGAGCUGCAGUACUCUCACAGCCUGGAGGGCGUGAGGGCUCACAUUGAGGACGCUCACCCAGACACGCUGGCGCUGGAGGCCAGGGACAGACAGGGAAUACUGGAGGCGUGGGACGAGCAGGUUUCCCAGCGGGAACGUUUCUUCACCAGCCAACUCCAGCAGCACAGCGGCUCCCUCACAGAAACACAAGAGAACAGAUGAGCAGAGACUGUCACUGCAGAAGUCGACUGAAGAACCAGGAGAGAACCCCCACACUGAAUCUGUCCUCUUUUAUUUAUUGUUCUUUUUUUUUAUCAUCAUACACGUGUUCACUUGUGUAGAAACUCACCUUGUAAUAUAACGCAGCUUUACCUCAUUUUCCUUACAAGAUUGUGCUUAUUGUUUAUUUAAAAUCAGUUUGGACAUUCGGCUACUGAAGCUGCCACAGAUGAGAUUUUGUAACGAGAGUUAAAAUAUUUAAUUAGGAGUCUAACAUUAUGGAAAACAGCUGUGUUAAGCAGGACUAGAUGCAUUUUUAGUGGAGAAAACUCUUAAGUUGUUGAUUCUUAUUAUCUUCAGUUCUUGGUCCAUGUAUGUGCUCCAUUAUUUCAAUGUUUUGCACUGAUUUGAAGUGCAGUCUGUUAGACUCUAUAAACAUGAGUGUGCAUAACUUUCCAAUUUGGUUAUCUUUUGUUCUGUGCAAACCUUAAAUGUUAGAGCAGUGAGUUGUAUCUUCAAUGCUUUUUUGUUUGUUUUUCAAAUUAAGGCUGCGACCAAUAACAAUUGUUCUUAUUGAUUCAUCUGGUAAUCAUUUUCUCUUUUAAUUAAGUAGUUGGGUGCAUAAAAUGUCAGAACGAUAACAAAGAUUAUGACAUUUGCACACAAACCAAAAAUAUUUAGGUAACUGUCAGAAGAGCAGAUAAACUAGAACACAAAUAGUUUAAUUUAGUACAUUUAACAUUUAAGCAUUUAGCAGAUGCUUUUAUCCAAAUUAUUAGUUUUCUGCAUAAAAGUGGAAUUGUUUUCAGGCCUAAUAUUGGAAUUAAACUGAGCCCAGUGUGGGGUUUAGCACAUAUUAGCAAACAGGGGUACAGUCGUUGUACAUAAAACUUUCAAAUGGAUUUUUUUUUUAUAGAAAUGCAGUGUCAGGAUUUGAGGAGUGUUUUAAUAGCUGUAGUCAGAAUCAUCAGUUAUCAAUAGUUAUGGAUAUUAAUUAUAUAAAAAGUACAGUAAAUAGAUUUUAAACCCCCAAGAACAGCUGAUCAAAUUAUUUCACAAGUUUUGUGGCAACCCCUUAAAGUGAUUCAGCGCAGCUAAUUUCGUCAUGUGGUUUUAUUGACGUCUGACACGGAAAACUAAAGUGUGUGUUCAUCUGUUAGUUCGAGUGUGUUUUUUCUGAAUUAAUUUGUUCAGAUUUACGUCAGUGACACAAAUUUACGAAACAAAGCACCUCCUUGUGGGCUAAAAAUGUUUAUCUCUAAGUACUUGGAUGUUUCCAGACUGCAUGAUGUCUGUAAACCAGGUGAAAAAGGCUGUCUAACAACAAGAUGAAAAGUAUAUUAAAAAAAUCUAUAUUAGGUGAGGUUAUUUUGAAGUACCUGAAAUCUGUUUUCCCCCUGUGUUCUAUGUCGAGCCAUUAUCACAUUUAAUUGCCAAGUUUGCCUGACAGGAAUUACAUUUACUGAUAUCGGUGAUGUCAUUUUGACUUUUUGUAAUUUCGAGAUGGCUACAACUUCAUUCUGACCAUCUUAAACUUCAUUUAAGAUCUUUUAAAAGGACAAUGUAGAUAUCUUAAAUUGAUAAAUUGAGGAUAAUUACAGUUAUCUCGAACAUGAAUUGUGACGAGUCAAAAUUGGACUGGAAUUGGAGAUGUUCCGUAGUUUUAAUCCUACUCCUGACAACUGAACUUACGGGUAUCUGUAACUGUAGUAUUGAUUAGUAAGAAUGAAGUCGCAGAUAUCGGUAGUUAAUGUCCUGUCUAGCGAUUGAAUGUUCAAACGGCUUGUCAUCGCUUUCCCACUGGCAGCCAUAUUGUGUUAGCGAACAAGCACACUUCAAAGGACCCGAACUGUGAGUGUGUUCUAGUUGUAGUCCGAAGUCGGAAUUUCCGGGUUCCAACUCGGAAAGUUUUAGCAACCUCGCAGUCCUCUGUGUAGGAUUCUAUGAUUGACUGCCACACGUCUUUAGUCCAUGGACAUUUUGCUGUGCUGUGUUGUUGAAGACUGGUGUUGCUAACAAUGGCUAGCCCAAGACAUGUUAGCGUCCAUGUCCACAGAGGUGACGUUACUCCCAUUUGUGACUUUGGAUGUAAAUGGAACGUACUAUCACAAUUUACCCCGUAUUCAGGGCCCUUGCCGUAAUCCAGCUGCCGCAUGUUUUAGCACGAACCAUGAAGUGCACUCACGCUUCAGGGUUUCAACAGUUUUAGACCCCCUUGAACAGCUCCUGUACAUAAUCAAACACUCAAUACAGUAGAAAACUGAUUUUUGUUAAGUUUUUCCAUGUUCAUUCAGGUCAGAGUAUGUUCUACUAUCUUGGUAGUCACUAACGGUCAUGUGUGUUAUCUGGGACUGUUCCACGUGUUUCUCCAUGUGAAAGCCUUCAGUACAGUGCUGUUCAAACCUGACACUUCACACACAACAUGUACGUAGAUAUAAUUCUUUUGUUUUUUACAGCGACUUCCUCGGCUUGUGCUGUUCACGUCAGAGUCACCGUCCUCUGCACUGUAAAUACACAAAAUACUAAAGUGGUGAUAAGACUUUUAUUUGACUUGGUGCAUCUUUUAUUUAUUAUUUAUUGAUUCUCUUCUUGUAUAACGUGAUUAUUGAUGACGCAUUAUUCAUAUCCAUAGGUAGUUCUAUGUUAGAGAUAUGUCUCAUUUGUGAGUUUUGGGGAUAAAAAAAACAGAAUUUCCUGCAUGAAUAGAAUAUGGAUGAACUGUUGUGCAUCAGAGAGUUCUGGAAGUCAUUCCAAUGGUUGUAUUUUUUUGUCAUAAAGAGGAAUGAUUAUGAAUAGUAGGAGAAAAAAGAAAAUGUUUUUGUUUGAGCACAAAGACUGUGGAGGUUCAACUGCCUGCACAGCCACAACUCUGUAAAUAGGUGGAGGUGACCAAGCUAAUUUACCUUCUGAGAAUGUAAUUGACUCACUUGUUUACCAGUUUAAAGGGAAUGUUUAAAAUGCCUUUUAAGUAAUAAACCUUUUCUACCUUUGG